GCAAACGCUGCGCAGUGAUCGCCUUCCUCACCACCUCGCCUAUCUGGACAGUCCUGAUCCUGAGGAGUAUUGACGUGCUUACAGUUGCCUUUCUGCAUCAUGACUGUUACUCUGGGUUCUUCAUUCGCUCCGUUUGUGGAGGCACUCAAGACUGCUCCAACAGCACCAGAUGCUAAAGCAGCAGCAGACUCACUAGCUCGAGAAGUGCAGAAUCAUGGGCUGCAGAGCCUCACGGAUGCCAAUAUCAUCAGCACUCUUCAGGCUUUUGCAUCCAACAAGAAGUCUGGAUAUGAGAGGGAAUCGGCCGCCAUAGGUUAUCAGUACCUCGCAUCUGUUCUUGGUCCGCCUGUCGCACCGAUCUUGCUUCCGCACCUGCCACUGAUCAUGGACCUCUACAUGGACAAGGGUGAUGUUGUACGGAUUGCGGCGGUUGCUGCUACCAAAACGCUUUUGAAGCUGUUUCCUCCUGAAGCGACUCGUCUUGUCUUCCGUCAAUUAGAAGAUAUCUUAGAGAAGGGAAAGUGGCGGACGAAGGUCGGUGCAUUGGAGUCCAUCAGAGGUUUUGUCGAUCGGGCAAAGGAUGAGGUCGCUGGUGAGCUUGGUGCUGUCUUACCUAAGGUAGAGAAGGCUAUGCAUGAUACGAAACCCGAAGUAUCUACCGCAGCAAAGAAGUGCGCGACUGCACUAUGCACAACCGUCGCCAAUCCCGAUCUCAAUCCUCACAUCCCUAUCCUCGUCGAAUGCAUGUCGAACCCGUCUUCAGUACAAGCUUGUAUGAAGGCACUAUCGUCGACAACAUUUGUUGCAGAAGUUACUGCCCCAGCUCUGGCGGUAGUGGUACCCCUUCUCAUGCGCGCCCUAAAUGAUCGUAGCAUGGAGGUUCAACGACGAACAGUUGUCGUCAUCGACAACCUUGUAAAACUUGUUCGCGAUCCAAAUGUUGCUGCUGAGCAUCUGAGUGGUCUCGUUGAUGGCGUCGAGAGGAUUAUGAAGAGCGCAGCGUUCCCAGAGGUUCGUGCGUUCGCUGAGGCAGCGUACAAGACGUUAAUGAAGGCAGGAGCGUCUUCGUCUGGUCCACCUCCGGCAAGAAACAUAGAAGAGGAGACCAGCACCGCUAAGACCGACAUGAUCAGCUUACUCCCAUCGAACCUACAAAGCAAUCAGACAUCAACAUUCUUGACCACCAUAGACUUCCAAGCGGGUAUAGUAGAAGACCUUGUCCAUCUCCGGAAGUUUUCAGACAAGGAGGUAUGGAAUCGCUCGAUUACCUCUUUUAUUCGGCCAUGGUUUUCGGACACCGCUGAAGAGGCUGCGAGAUACACAGAAUCUGUGCGAUCGCAUUAUGAUGCUAUUGAUCGCGCGAAAUUCGCUCCCGAGCAGAUUGAAGAUGAGGAAGGAGAGUUACUUUGCGAUACGACCUUCUCAUUAGCCUACGGAACUCUUUUGCUCCUUUCACACACCGUACUUCGUCUCUAUCGAGGUCGACGGUAUGGAAUUCUGGGUACAAAUGGUUCGGGAAAGACGACUCUCAUGCGUCAGUUGCGAGAAGGAAAGGUCGAGAACUUCCCGCCUCAAAGUGAAUUGAGGUGUGUCAUGGUUGAGCACGCGCUUCAGGGAGAAGACACGACGAUGUCAAUUGUGGACUUCGUCGCAUCAGAUAAAGCCCUGGCUAGCACGUCUCGUGAUAAAAUUGUAAAUCAACUCAAGGAGGUCGGAUUUGAUGAAGAACUGCAGAGACAAGUUGUCGGUAGCUUGUCUGGAGGAUGGAAAAUGAGGCUAGAACUCGCCCGUGCUAUGUUAUAUAACGCAGAUCUCCUACUCCUGGACGAACCGACCAAUCAUAUGGACGUCAAAUCUGUAAAAUGGCUUGAGGAUUACUUAACUUCUCGCAAGGACGUUACUUGCCUCAUUGUUAGUCACGACUCUAGCUUCCUAGACAAUGUCACGACCGAUAUAAUUCAUUACGAAUCCAAAAAGCUUGUAUACUACCGUGGAAAUCUGUCAAAAUUCGUAAGCCAUCACCCGGAGGCGAAAUCGUAUUAUACCCUUGCCGCUACAUCAGUUAAAUUCUCGUUCCCUCCUCCUGGGUCGCUUAUGGGAGUGCGGAGCAACACACGCGCCAUUCUCAAAAUGACGAACUGUACCUUCACUUAUCCGGGGUGCGAUAAACCAAGCCUUAUGAACGUCAGCUGCGCGCUCUCUCUUUCAAGCCGGGUGGGAAUUAUUGGUCCCAACGGUGCUGGGAAGUCGACUUUAGUUAAGCUGUUGACAGGUGAGACGGAACCUCAGGAGGGCGCUGUCUAUAAACACCCUUCCCUCCGCAUCGGCUAUGUUUCCCAGCAUGCUACGCACCAUAUUGAACAGCAUUUGGAGAAGACGCCGAUCCAGUACAUCCAGUGGCGUUACCAGGACGGACAUGAUCGCGAGACUCUUGAAAAGGUCACUCGCGUACUAACAGAAGAAGAGAAGGCUCAGUUGGAAGUUCCGUUUGUAGGAAAGAAUGGGACGACACGUAAACUAGAGUUUAUUCUUGGCAGGCAGAAGCUUAAAAAAUCGUUUCAAUACGAGAUCAAAUGGCAGAAUUUGGAUCACAAAUUCAACACCUGGAUUCCUCGUGAUGAGCUACUUGCCAAGGGCUUCACGAAGCUUGUCCAGCGGUUCGAUGAUCUUGAAGCGUCUCGAGAAGGAGCCGGAUCGCGCGAUACUUCAGCUCAAUUAGUACGGAAGCACCUCGAAGACAUCGGACUUGAUGGAGACAUUGCACAAUAUAAUGAGAUCAACGGUUUAUCGGGAGGCCAGAAAAUCAAAUUGGUCAUUGCCGCAUGUUUGUGGAAUAAUCCGCAGAUCUGUAUCCUUGAUGAACCGAGUAACUUCCUGGACCGUGAGGCACUCGGUGGUCUAGCUGUUGCCAUUCGGGAUUGGGCGGGUGCUGUGGUCAUCAUCUCGCACAACACUGAAUUCGUGUCUGCCUUGUGUCCGGAAACAUGGCACAUCGAAUCAGGUCGCAUGACGCAUAAAGGUAAAGUUGCUGUGGUCGAGGACGCUUUUGCAGAUGGGAAAACACCCAAGGGAACACCCAGGGGAAGUGGGGCCAACACGCCGGUCCGUUCCCGUGUACAGACGCCGGCGGCUUCUGCGGCAGGUACGCCUGUCGCCAGUGGCACAGAAGGAAAUGCACCAGCCGUGCCGGUGGUGAAAAAGAAGAAGAAGACGCGUAAUCAGUUGAAAGCUCAGGAAGAGCGUCGGCGCCUGAGGAUGUCGAAUUGGCUUGCUUUCGGGGGCCCGAAACCUGAAGACACGGACAGUGACUGAUUCGACGCGUCAGCUCUCCUGCACUGUCCGACUCUGCUGGUCACUUGGUAGAAGCUUGCAUCAUGAUUCGUAGCAUGUAAAUCCAACACACUGUAAAUCGCGUGUCAUUGCUCUAGAUCACUCGACUGGAGAUUCAGAAGUGUAUUAGAUAUGUGAUUUCUUCCAUUUCCCUGCCCCUGUCCUAGAAUAGAUAGAUAGAUUACUCUUUAGAUUUAGGUAGCUUUUAGCGGUCGUUUUUGUCCUCGAGGUCAAUUCUAGUAGAAUUAUAUUUAACGUUGAUGCAG